AUGUCAUUAUACACCGUAGAAACUGUCCCCACAACUCCUUUCCAAGACCAGAAACCUGGUACCUCUGGUUUGAGGAAAAACACAAAGGUUUUCGAAAAAACCCCGAACUACACUGAGAAUUUCAUCCAAGCUAUCAUGGAAGCUAUACCAGAAGGUUCUAAGGGUGCUGUUUUAGUUGUUGGUGGAGAUGGUCGUUAUUACAAUGAUAUUGUAAUGCAAAAGAUCGCAUCAAUUGCAUCUGCCAAUGGUGUUAGAAAAUUGAUUAUUGGUCAGAAUGGUUUGUUAUCGACUCCUGCCGCGUCACAUAUUAUCAGAACAUAUCAUGAAAAAGUUACCGGUGGUAUUAUUUUGACUGCCUCUCAUAACCCAGGCGGGCCUGAUAAGGACUUGGGAAUAAAGUAUAACUUGUCUAACGGCGCACCAGCCCCAGAGAAGGUUACCAAUUUAAUUGCUGAGAAAUCAAAGCAAUUAACCGAAUAUAAAAUAGUAAAGUCGUUUCCAACUUUGGACUUGUCAAAGAUCGGCGAGAAUCAGAAAUAUGGUGACUUAUUGGUCGACGUUAUUGACACCACCGAAGCAUAUGUAAAGUAUAUGAAGGAGAUUUUUGAUUUUGAUAUGAUUAAGUCAUUCAUAAAGAAGGCUCAAGCUGAAAACGGGUUUAAAGUUUUAUUUGAUGCUUUGAAUGGUAUUACUGGCCCAUAUGGUAAGGCAAUUUUUGUUGACGAAUUAGGUCUUCCUUUAGACUCAUUGCAGAACUGGCACCCACAACCAGAUUUUGGCGGGUUACAUCCUGAUCCCAAUUUAAUUUACGCUCAUACUUUAGUCUCUAGAGUUGACAAAGAGAAUAUAGCAUUUGGAGCAGCCUCUGAUGGUGAUGGUGACAGAAACAUGAUUUAUGGUGCAGGCCCUGCAUUUGUAUCCCCAGGUGAUUCUGUAGCUAUUAUUGCCGAAUAUGCUUCAGAAAUCCCGUAUUUUGCCAAACACGGAAUUCACGGUCUUGCCCGUUCAUUCCCAACUUCAGGUAGUAUCAACCUAGUAGCAAAGGAAAAGGGUUUAGAUUGCUAUGAAGUUCCUACUGGUUGGAAGUUUUUUUGCAAUCUCUUCGAUUCUAGUAAGCUGUCUAUUUGUGGUGAGGAAUCUUUCGGUACUGGUUCAGACCAUGUCAGAGAAAAAGACGGUUUAUGGGCUAUUAUAGCUUGGUUAAAUAUCCUAGCAAUCUACAAAAACAGGUAUCCCGAAAAAGAGGCUUCUAUAAAGACCAUCCAGGACGAUUUUUGGGCUAAAUAUGGUCGCACUUUUUUCACGCGUUAUGACUUCGAAAACUGCCAGAUUGAUGAUGCCAAUAAGAUUAUAAAUUUGUUGCGUGAGUUUGUCGAGGACAACUCGAAUAUUGGUAAAAACUUUGGAGACUGGGAUGCUGUAAUUGUUACAGAUGCCGGUGAUUUUAGUUAUACCGACUUAGACGGUUCAGUUUCAACACAUCAAGGAUUAUACAUCAAGUUGUCCAAUGGUACACGUUAUAUUCUGAGACUAUCAGGUACAGGUUCUUCAGGAGCUACCAUUAGAGUUUACUGCGAAAGAUAUUGUAAUGAUAAAUCAACAUAUUCUCAACAGGGUAGUGAGUUCCUAAGGGAAGAUGUAAAUGUAUUGUUGCGUUUCUUGAAGUUCAAAGAGUUUAUUGGUACUGAUGAGCCCACUGUUCGAACCUGA